AAACGAGGAACAUGAAUUGUCAAAUAAAGUGAAAGCAUCCCAGUAAAAAUUUGAGUUGAUACACAUUUCGUUUGACACCGUUUUGUAUGAAAUUGAGGUACAACAUGGCGCAUUGACAUUGUUUAUCUUAACUCUUUGGAAGAAAUUUAUCAACUUUGUUCUUGGAGAACACUUAAACACCAUGUUACCCGGGGUUGGUGUCUUCGGGACCACCGCUACUAUUCAAUCAUUUGUACCCAUUCUCAAAGUAUGCGGUUUUCCCGUCGUUGCAUUAUGGGGCAGUGAAAACUUAGAUGCUCGAACAUUAGCUGCCGAGCUGGACAUUCCAUUUAGCACCCACAAAGUCGAUGAUGUACUAUUACGAAAAGAUGUCGAUCUUGUAGUUAUUGGUUGCCCACCUCAUAGCCAGUCUUACAUUGCUGUUAAAGCACUUGGCAUUGGUAAACAUGUGCUCUGCAGUUCUCCGUCCGGACCUAUGCAGCUGAAUGCCUUACUCAUGGUAAAAGCAGCUCGUUAUUAUCCCAGACUUAUGUCACUUAUGUGUUAUGGUCUUCGUUUCUUGCCAACUAUAGUUAAAAUGAAAAAAAUUAUCGAAGACGGUUGCCUUGGAAAUAUUACCAUUUGUGAAGUGAAGGUUCACUAUGGAGGAUUACCGAAAGAAAAAUACGAUUGGAUGUGCGACGAAGGAAUGGGUGGCGGAGUUCUGAAUACCUUUGGAAGUAACAUAAUUGAUGUUAUAACUUUUUUGACUUCGGAACGGGCCGUUCGUGUUCACGGCAUGCUCAAAACUUACACAAAACAAACACAAAACAUCAAAGGAAUUAGAGAAAUUACAAGCGAUGACUUUUGCACUUUCCAGAUGGAGCUUGAUAAAGGUGCCUGUGUAAAUGUUACUCUAAAUUCUCAUAUAACUGGACAAUUUGUACAAGAGAUUCUUGUCUGUGGCCGGAAAGGACGGUUGAUAGCUCGUGGUUCGGACUUAUACGAACAAAGAUUAAAUGCCACACGAGAAUCUCUAAUUCAUUUUGAUCCUAUAAAAGAAGAGGAGAGAUAUGGCAUUUCUCCAAAAGCACGAACUGAAAUACCAAGUCCUUAUCUCAAAGGACUAAUUCAUAUGAUUGAAGCUGUCAAGGAUGCUUUCGAGAAAGAAGAGGAGAGGCAAAACUGGCAUCCUGAACCCGUAGCGUCUGCUUCAAACUUUGAAGAUGCGCUUUAUGUACAGGCAGUUGUAGAUGCCAUACGUAAAUCAAACAAGACUAAACAGUGGACUAAAGUUGACGUUUCCGUUAAUGAACCAGAACCUGAGCCUAAUAGUAACAGUAUGUCACUAGAUUACGUGAGACGAAGCACUAUCUUUUUGCAUUGAUCUCUCUCUCUCUCUCUCUCUCUUUUUUUUUUUUUUAAACAGGAACGUUAAAUUCCUUGUUUUCACUCCUUAGAAGCAACCGCCCAUUGCCCGUCAGUGUAUAUAAACAUUGUAACUUUCAUAUAUAUAUAUAUAUAUAUAUAUAUAUAUAUAUAAACGACUAAAAACAUUAAUGUCAUAAAAAAACAAACUGUUUGAAAAAAAAAUGUUGAAAAGGAAAGAUUGUUAUUCCUGUGUCUCUUCUUUUUAGCCAAGAUGCAUUAAUAACUUGAACCGUAUCCCUAACUUAUGUUCUACUGCAAAGG